AUGCUCGGUUUCAGAAAGGCCUUGCUCACCAAUCCAAAACUUCUCAUUGGUGCUGCCACAGGAUUAACACUUGGAAGUUACCUCGUCUACAAUAGCGUGAAUAAAUUAGAGGCCUCAGAAGGAGCUGCCAUCCCUCCUGAAUAUCCAUGGCCACAUAAGGAACUCGCUGGUAGCUACGAUGCUGCUGCUAUCAGAAGAGGUUACAAGGUAUACAGAGAAAUUUGCAGUGCUUGCCACGGUAUGAACGAAAUUGCUUUCCGUAAUCUCAAUGUUGCUUUCACUGAAGAGGAAAUCAAAGUUUUGGCUAACCAAGUUGAUGUUGAGGGAGAACCAGACUCUCAAGGUGAGCCAACAACUCGUAAAGCAAAACCUUUCGAUUAUAUGCAAUCUCCAUACAAGAACGAACAAGCAGCUAGAGCUAUGAACGGAGGAGCUUUACCUCCAGAUUUGUCAGUCAUUGUGAAGGGUCGUCCUCACGGUGAAGACUAUAUUUUCUCAUUGUUGACUGGUUAUCAAGAACCACCAGCAGGUAUCACUUUGAGAGAAGGUCUUUAUUACAACGCCUAUUUCCCAGGUGGUGCUAUUGGUAUGGCUCCUCCAAUUUCUGAUGGAGCUGUCGAAUUUGAUGAUGGUACACCAGCCACUGUUUCUCAAAUGGCAAAGGAUGUUACGACAUAUUUGGCAUACUGUGCUAAGCCAGACGAAGAACCAAGAAAGAAGAUGGGUUUGAAAGUUUUGCUUUCGUUGUCACUUGUUAUUGGCCUCUCAUGGGUUCACAAACGUUUCAAGUGGAGCACAAUUAAGAAUAGAACUGUAGUCUUUAGGGAAUAA